AUGAGAUUCGAGCAGAUUUAUCUGGUACCGUCCGACCCACCAGAUGCCUGCCAUGCGUUGAACAACGGGGUCUUUAUUGAAGGCCAGAUCGCGCUGGUGGAACACGGGGGCUGCUCCUUCCUCUCCAAGACUCGCACAAUCCAGGAACACGGAGGCCGGGCGGUGAUCAUUGCAGACAAUAGUUACAACAAGGAUACUACGUACGUGGAGAUGAUGCAAGAAACUACCCAACGGAAGGCCGACAUCCCUGCGCUUUUCCUUCUGGGGCGAGAUGGGUACAUGAUCCGUCGUUCUCUGGAGCAGCACGGGCUACCUUGGGCCGUAAUUUCCAUCCCGGUCAAUGCCAGCAGUGCUCCGAUUUCCGACUUCCUCCAGCCUCAGGGGAUUUUUUGGUAGCCGAAAGAGGACGGAGGGAGCUGUGGAGUCCCAGAACUGGACCGAAAGGAUGAAGAUGACCUCCAAAGGUCACUAUUUCACCCAGUCCUGCAGCUGAUGGGACCACAGCAUCAGUUUUGGAAGAUCUCGUGUGUUGAUGAAGGGAAACUGACUGGAUCAUGUCCUCUGGGUGGCUGCUUUUUUUUUAAAAAAAAAAAAACGGUCCAGAGAGCAGACAUCCUGUGAUGACCCAAAGGGGCGUGGCACAAAGGCAACACAGCCAGAUAAUCAGGA